AGAAAGAGAGAAAGAAGAAAGACAUGCCAUGCCAGAUUUCUUCUGUGAACACAAGCCUGCGAGAGUCCGGCGGGGUAGGUGGAGGCUUCUGCUACAACAGCCCCGACGCUGAAACCUUCACGACAUCGGUGGCGCGAGCGUCGCAGGUGUUCAGCAUCCUGGUGCUGGUGGUGCUGGGCAUGCUGGGUAACGUGCUGAUGGUCUACGCCGUGAUAGCCACUCGCCUGCGGGAUGCGACUCUCAGCGCCUCCUCCCUGCUCCUCAUCAACUUGGCGGUGGCCGACCUCAUGGUGGACGGGUUCGUGCUGCCCAUGUGGAUUGUGUCCACGGCCUCGCUGUCCUGGCCCCUCCCAGACUCCCUGUGCAUCAUCACCGCCUUUCUGACCGUCACCCUUAUGGUCUGCUCCAUCCUCUCGCUCUCCGCCAUCGCUGUGGACCGCUACCUCAUCCUGGCCUUCCCUCUACGGUACCCAACGGAAGUGACGUCGACCCGCCUGGUAAUUGUCUUCGUGUCCAUCUGGACCUUCUGCUUCCUGGUGGCCGGUCUGCCCUUGUGUGGCUGGGGCCAGUACCGCUUCCAGCCGCAGACUGUGCCCAUCUGCAAUCCCGUGUGGGUGACACAGGUGGGGUUCGCCAUCUUCCUGAUGGUCUGCGGCCUCAUGCUCCCCUUCGCCGCGAUGCUCUACUCCUACGUCCGCAUCGUGCAGAUCGCCAAGGAGCACAUCGCCAAGAUCGAGGCCACCAAGGCCUGCUUCGUGGAGAGGACUCCUCCGACGACCACGCCUGUCGUGACUCACCUGAGUCCUCAUGGCAGACUUUCACACGGGGGGAGUAACAACAACACGGAGAAGCUUGUCGAUGUCAUAUCAGAGGUUGAAGAAGUAAAUGCAGAAGGGUACAGCAACUUCAGACAGGAUCACAAUAAAGGAAGUAGCCGAACAUUUUCUUCUUCUUCGGAACACAAGGAUGAAGAGGGAAGGGAUGUCGUGUCCACAGGUAAACAUCCGAGACUCACCUCCAAGAAAAACUUCAGCAAAACCGUUCGGAUAGCCAACAGAGUCUUCACCGCCGUGGGGCUUUUCUUCAUGUGCUGGGGUCCCUACGUCAUCCUCAACUUCUGGUCAGUCAACAACGAAACCAAGCCCAUCCCUUACUCCGCAGACCUCUUCACGACCCUUCUCGCCUUUGCCAACAGUUGUGUCAACCCAGUUCUCUUCGUUUUGCUCAACAAGGAUUUCCGCCGUCGAGUGCGCAUGCUUGGCCGGAAGUUGAUGCCAUGUUUGGGCCAUCGACAACCCAGCGACGCUACAGAUAACGGUUUGUCAGCCGUUCACACGCGACUAGAAGCAGACGACGCCAUGAUGAGGUCGCAGGAAAGGGAAGUUGCUCGCAGAGCAGAAGUAAGGACUGGACAUAAACUUUCGGGUUCCUCCUCUUUAAGGGUGGCAUGGCAAUGAUACUGACCUGCAUAGGUUUGACCAGUUCUAGAACCAUGGGUGAAUUUACCCGGAUAUUCAUUUUUCAUUAAGAUUACUUCUUUAUUUGUGAAGAGAAACAAAGUUCUUGACUAGAUGUCAUCGUCGACGACUUUCAACAAUUUUCCCCAUUACAGAAUUGCCUUGUCAGUCGUUUUCAUGGGGUGUUGUUAUGGGUGGGGUGUGAGGGGAAGAUUGGUACUUAUUUACAGCCCCAAAACUGGGCAGGUGCAUGCUGGGACGGUACCGUGAAGUAAUCAAUCAACGGAAGAGAAAGAAUGUGUUUGUAGGGGACAUUCUAUGAGCUGGAGCAGCUACUUCUCCUGUUCAUCUUCGCACCGAUCAACCCUACCCCUCUUCCCUCCCUAUCUUCAUUGGUUACCCAGACACAUUCACUUCACUGUUUCGUGUCAGGAAAUUGUGGCAUUGCAGCAAAGAAAUCGACACUUUCGGGAUGCAUUUAUUAAAGAUGAGAGGAUAUGACUUAUAGAUAUAUGUGGAAAUGUUGUCGACAUCCGUUCCCUCUUGCUGGGAUUGAUUCAGGGGGACGCUUGUCGUUGUUUGUGUAAUGUGCCAGAUGUAUGUGGACAGGAACACCCAUCUAGUGUUUGAUGAAGUCAUAAAGACAGACUACCAUCGACCAAGAAUGGGGCCUCGUGUAUCUCGUGAUACACUGAAAAAGGCUCUGGACGAAUAAAAAGAAGAUAGGAUAGGAGUGGAGAGAUUGAAAGGUUCAGAGGGCUUGCAAAAAGUUUGCCUUUUUUUUUUAUCUAGUCCUUGUCCUACAGAGGGGAAAGUAUCACAAAAUAAUUCAAUAAUAAGAAUCAUGGAGUACCAAGAAACCUUUCUGUUAAAAUUUCUGUUAACGUCCAAGAGAAUAUAUUGUUUGUGCGUAUUUAUGUAAUUAGAUGCACAUAAAGUUGUGAUGUGUUCACUUCUGUAAUGACAGUUGAAAUGGAAGUUUGAUGUUGGUUCUCAUUCUGGCCCAACGAAGUGGUCAGAGGUUUGGACUCAAAUAUUUCAGUACUUGUGUUUUUUGAACAUUGUAGACAUUCUCUGGAUUGCAGGAAUUGUACAGAGUUGUCAGAAACGGUUAAUCUGUCAACAUAAGUGUUAAUUCGUUAAGGGUUAUUGCAGCCGUGGAACUGUGUAUCCGUAUUUAUUGAGAGAGAAAGAGAGACUGUGAGUGUGGAGAGAGAGAGAGACUGUGUGUGGGUGGAUGAUGACCAUAAAACUUACAUGAACCGUCACCAGUGUGAAAAGAUCGUUAUGAUAUGCGAAUCGGACAGGGGCAACUGGAGGUCAUCGAGGUGAUUAUCAUUGCCCGUGAACGUGACCAUGGACGUCUGAAGACCACCGACAUCUGUAGAUCAUCGUGAUGAUAAUCAUGACCAUGUCCAUCUGAAGAUCAUCGUCAUACUUAUCAUUCUCAUUUCCUGCCCUGGCAACCAAAAGAACGAUCAUCAGGGAACACGGACCCCGUAGUCUGAUGGGAUUGACCCAACAACAGGCGUCACCGAGGCUACUGUCCCGGAUGUUUAAUCGUCUUCUCGUUGUCUCACAUCUUUUCACUAACUCAGAACGAGGAUCAUGCGACUGGAAAAAAUGGCGUCGGCUGGUUUCUAUUUCGUAAAUCGAAGGCAACCAAUUUGCUUGGGACUGUACUUGAAUUUAAUGAAAAACAUUUUUUCCGGCUGUAGCUCUGGAGAGUUUGAUCGAACAUCAUUAGGUGAAGAACCAUAGAUACUUUUCUGCUGACCAAGUAAUUCCGCAUUGUAAAUUAAUCUGACAGACUUGAGCAAAACGUUGAGCUAUUAAAGUCCUCAGGGAAAUUCUCUUUCUUACAGCUUCUUUUGCAGAAAAUGGAAGUUUCUGGACGUUAGUUACACAGCAGGCGCGCACGUGUGUGUGUGUUCGAGCGCGUGCGUAAGCAGUCCUUUAAUAACUGAGUGUAGCAAAGCACAAGAUAAAAGUUCACGCUUGGAACCUACUUGUGAUGGUGCAAACUAUAAAUGCUUAGAUACUUGUCAGGAAGUUGACCUCCCACCUGUGUUGGUGAGCUCCCCAUAAAGACCCCCCAACCUUCACCCUAACGCAUUACUUAGAAUCAUCUUCAAGUUUGUACCAGUUAGUCUUGGCAUCGGUUUCGUGUGCAGUCAGCUCGCCGGACAAACACAAAGACCGAUCUGAAUGACUAAACUGGUCAUUUCUGAAUGGCUUCAUUGAAGUGUAUUCGUCUGGCAUCCGCAUCUUGCUUUUCUUGCCCAUUUGCAAAACAGUUACAA